UCUUUGUUAUUUUCUUUUGAUUGACCGGCGGCCGCGGCGAUGGACGCACUGAGAGCUUCAUACGGUGACUCUUCAUCGGACUCCGAUACUGAUGAUCUUUCUCCGGCCGCUGCAAAUCCCGGCGAGGAAUCAACCUCUGUUAAGCACGAGAAGGAGACGAUCUCGUUGCCUCCUCCGCCGCUUUCGCUUCUCGAUUCCAUUGGAUCCACAGGCUCUUUGGAUGUCUACUCAACGGAGAGUGUGACUCGAGUAAGGAACUUUCCUCACGUCCAUGGAAACUACGCCUUGCACGUUUACAUCCCUGUUUUUAUACCUCAAUUGGCGAAGAAGGAGAUUGCGUGUGUUUUAAAGAGGGUUGCAUCACUUGUUCCUCAUCUUAAUUUGGUGGAAGCUGAUGUUCCACUCAGCAUUCUUUGCAACGAUGACCAGAAGCUUGACCAAGCUUUGGGGAGAGAGUUCCACAUAAGCUUGGGAAGAAGCGUUCCUCUUCGUGUUCAUCAAAUUAACUCUGUGGUUUCUAUGCUUAGGCAAAAACUUCAGUUACACAAGAGAUACUGGAUCGAUUUUAAUAAGUGGGAAGUCUUUGUGAAUGACGACUGUACUCGCUCUUUCCUUUCUUUGGAAAUCACCACUUCUGGACUUUCCGAGAUAAGCAAGCAAAUUGAUGCUGUUAAUGAAGUUUACAAGCUUCACAAUCUUCCAGAGUUCUACAAGGAUCCGCGACCACAUAUCUCCUUGGUCUGGGCAUUGGGUGAUAUUAGAACUUCCCUAAAGGUAGCUGUUGACGGGGAACUGAAGAAGCUUAGAGCUGGUGCUUGUCUGCCGAAUCGUAUAUUCACCUCUAAAUUUUCUGGAAUCGAGUGUAAGAUAGGAAACAAAAUACACAAAAUAUGUAAACUCCCAGAUGAAUAAUAUAUCUUAGUUAUUAUACCUAUCAGGUAUAUGCAUUUGUAACGACAUAGAAGCAAAGAGAAUUGGCUUUAUAACUUAUAUGUCUGUCUGAUACAGUGCAGCAACGGCCUUGUGUUUAAGAAAAGAUAAAUAUUGAAGUGGCUUUUAUGUUACAAAACCCUCUUCAUGAAAUAUUCUGUACUGAAGUUAAAUCAACAGAUUUUCUUUGGAACUGAGUUCCUGCAUUGACCCAGGACGCCAAUAAGCU